CCUAUCCCCAUUCCCUCAUCAUCCCUCUUCUCAAAUUCCGUCGCACGUGCCACCUCAUUUUAAACGCCGGGAAACACUCUUUAGUCUUUAUAAAUUAAUGUCCUUUUGGUAUUUCCCUCCUUACUAAAUUUACCCGUUAUAAGAAUCCAACACAGAUCUAACACUUAACUUUCUGCCGAUUUCCACAAACUCUAAUUUUUUUUCUCUCCCUGGAAACCCUAACCCUAAUUUAAUGCAAUUGUUGUAGAUUUCGAUGAUUCAUCGUGUACAUAGAGAGAGAAACUAAUUCAUUCAUUUCAAUUCAAGAAAACCCCCCUUUUUUUUUGAAUUCUUCAAAAUUUUUUAUCUUUACAUUAUUUUAGCUUAAAUUAGUAAUAAUUGCUGUUGUUUCUUCAAUUUUGAAUUCUUAACCGUUGUGAGAAAUCCAAUUUCUGGUAAACUUAUAUUCUUUGAUUAAAUGCUCUGUUUUUUUUGUUAAUUUGCUCUUUUUUAAGCUAAUUAUUUGUAACAUUAUAAGAAGUUGUUCUUCGUAAAUCGCAAGUAUUGAUUUGUUUGAAAUCUAUCUAUUUGUACUAAUUUUGUUGAAAUUUAAGCUAAUUUGCUCUUUUCCUUAGCUGUAAUAUCUUUUUAUUCUAAGCAGAAUUUAAUGCUGGUAUUUUCUUACUGAUUUCAGCAUAUUCAAUCAAAGUUAGUCAUUUGAAAAAACAUUUGAUUGUAAUUGUAUUAUAAUUAAACCAAAUUUACCUUAUUUGAGUCGUAUAAAAAUGGGUGGGGUGACAUCUACAAUGGCGGCUAAAUUUGCCUUUUUUCCACCAGACCCACCGUCGUAUAAGGUGGUGAUGGAGGACGGGACAGGGAAGUUGAAGAUGACUGAUGUGGCGGAAAGAGAAAAUGCAGAUGUUUUGAAGUUAUGUACAAAAAGAGGGAAUGAAAUUGUGGCUAUUUUUAUGAGAAAUCCUUUGGCAAAACUCACUGUUCUUUACUCUCAUGGUAAUGCUGCUGAUUUGGGCCAGAUGUAUGAGCUUUUUGGAGAGCUUAGUAUUCAUCUUAAAGUCAAUUUGAUGGGGUAUGAUUAUUCUGGGUACGGACAGUCUACUGGAAAGCCAAGUGAGCAGAACACUUAUUCAGACAUAGAGGCUGCAUAUAGAUGUCUUGUUGAAAGAUAUGGAGUGAAGGCGGAAGAUGUUAUAUUAUACGGGCAAUCUGUUGGAAGUGGGCCUACAUUAGACUUAGCUACUCGGUUACCAAAAUUGAGAGCUAUUGUUCUUCAUAGUCCAAUUAUGUCUGGCCUUCGGGUUAUGUAUCCAGUAAAGAGGUCUUAUUGGUUUGACAUAUAUAAGAAUAUUGACAAAAUACCGUUGGUUGGUUGCCCUGUUUUGGUAAUUCAUGGGACAGCUGACGAUGUGGUUGAUUGGUCUCAUGGUAAGCAACUGUGGGAGCAAUGUAAAGAAAAGUAUGAACCACUAUGGGUUAAAGGUGGCAAUCACUGUGACUUAGAGCUUUAUCCGGAGUACAUCAAACAUCUCAAAAAAUUCAUAUCGGUUAUAGAGAAAUCACCACAUUUAAGAAGUGGAUCCGGAUUGAGUUCAGAUUAUCCUCGGAGCAGCACAGAUUGUCGAGAUAGUAAAUCAAGACCGAGUGCUGAUCAAAGAGAGAUGCCUAGAGAAAGUAUGGAUAAGAAAGAAAAACCAAGGAAAAGCGCAGACGUAAAAGACAAGUCCAGAACUAGCACAGACAAGAAAGAGAAAUCAAGGAAGAGUGUGGAUUUUCCUGACAAAGCAAAUAACUCUAUUGAACGGCCUGAUAAAGCUCGGAACAGUGUUGAUAGAUUUGGAGAGAUGAUGAGAUCAGUGGGGUUUCGCAAUAUUGAUUGUUUCAGGCCUUCUGCCACAGGGUAAGGAGAAAGAAGAGACCAGUUCACAGAUUAGAUUGAACAUUUUCUUCCUUCAUACUACAUAUUAGAGAUAAUUAGGGGGUUUGGGAUUCUUUUCCUCGGCGUUUAGAGAAAUAACAGGAAUUUGUUGAUUGGGGCAGAUUUUGUGUACUGUACAUCAGUUUUUUGGUCUGUCGGGAUGAAUAAAGUUUACCUGUGGUGUGUCCAAUGUUUAGUUGUAUACUAUGACCAAAAAGCGAGAGCUAUCGUGUACUAAUUAAACAGCGUUGUACCAUAUCAAUUCCGAAAUUUCAGAUUCCUUAUCAGGGUUUGAGAGAUCUAUGGUCUUGAAGUCUCAAUUUUUUUCCGUGAUGGAAAAACAUAUCUGCUAUCAGUUCACUCUGCGCUAGUUGCAGCAUAGUGUUGAAUCGUUGGUCUCGGGCUGGUCUUAGCUAGACCCCAUACCAUGGUACAAUUCAUCCCUGUGUUGUCCCCGGUCACGUAAAGCAGAUGGUACAAUCAGGUCGUCUGCAGCUCGAGUUCAUAAGCGACAGCUAAAUUCUGUAGUGCAAGAUUUUGUUUUUCUAUCAGUCUACUCUCUGGCAGUUGUCGUAUACUGUGGAACCAUUGAUCAUGGUCUGAGGCAGGCCAUGGCCGUAAAUGCAGGGUAUAGUCUCAGGCGACGUUAAUCUGAAUAAAUUGAGCUGAAUUAGAAUGGGUCGGAUACUGAAUGAUCGAGAUUCAGAGAAAUCGAAUCUGGUAAUUCCACAGUUUGCACCAGCUAAUAGCAGCAUGAUUAUGUACUUUUACUCAACAGUUUUCUGCACAGUUCCAUCUUCAUUCAUGAGACAAGAAAGCAAUAGUCAGACGCAGAAUCUGACAGAUUGAUGAAUACAAGAACAAUCAAAGUUAAAGUUUGAGUGUAGACUAGGAAUACUAAUACAUUCAUUUUUUUUUGAAGUACCAAUUUAAUAUUUAUGCUAAAUACGUGACAACUUUUUAUGAGAAAUGGUGCAAUUUAAAAAAUGGAGAAAAUACUUUAUACUAGGUUUGUUCUUAAACUAGCCUUUGAAUUAGAAGUCUUUUUAGCCUUCUUUUUAUUUGUUUCUAAAAGCUCACAUGAAAAAUAGUUGUAUUGGAUAAUAAAAUUAAUAAUUGUUUUGAUAUCCGUACCCAAAU